CCCUCUCGGAGUCUCCCCCCCUAUUUCCGCCCGUAUCUAACGUGGCGGAGGCGGUGUGCGAUGGGAAAACGCUCCGUGGGGAAACGGCGGCCCGUGCGGUGCCACGUUCCUGUUGGCCAUCCGUGACCCUUCGUUCUCUGCAAUGGCUGCGGGGGGUGACACCAUCCCAGCUCUGGCCACGGAGCCACGCUUUGCCCAGCAGCUGAGGCAGCGUUUGGAAGAGGCUCGACUCUUGGAUGCCCGGUACCGGCUGCAGAAGGUGCCAGGGGGCAGCGUGGCCCUGCCCGUGCUGGAGGGGAAGGCAGCGGAGCGGUGGCUGCAGGACAACGGGCUGCAGGGGCUGUGCUGCCGGCUGCUCUGGAUCCAGGACCCUGUUCCCUCAAAGGCUGCCAGCGUGCAGCCGUCUGCCCAGAAGCUGCGCUGUGAGCUGCGCCGGCUGCUGCAGGAACAGGGAGAGAGCUGGUCAGAAGAGUUGGAGUGCGAUGUACCCCGGACCUGGCAGCGACAUGGGGACCUGGUCCUGCUGAGCGAGGACAGCUUCAGUGCUGCGCUGUGGGCGAAGCUGGGCCCCGUGCUCUGGGAGACGGUCGCCUCUGCUUUGGGUGCCCAGCGCCUGGCCAAGCGAGGACGGGUGUUGCCAGACAAGAUGCGCUCCCCGAGUGUCACCCUGCUGCUGGGCCAGGACAGCUGGGUGGAGCAUGUGGACAAUGGCAUUCGGUACACGUUCGAUGUGACAAAGUGUAUGUUCUCCCCGGGUAAUAUCACGGAGAAGCUGCGAGUGGCCUCGAUGCAGUGCUCUGGGGAGGUGCUGGUGGAUCUCUAUGCAGGGAUUGGGUACUUCACGCUGCCAUACCUGGUUCAUGCAGCUGCUGCCUUUGCCCACGCCUGUGAGUGGAACCCACACGCCCUGGAGGCCCUGAGGAGGAACCUGGCACUGAAUGGUGUGCAGGACCGCUGCCAGAUCCACGCUGGGGACAGCAGGCAGCUUCAGCUGAAGGAUGUGGCUGACCGGGUGAACCUGGGACUGAUCCCCAGCUCCGAGGAGGGCUGGCCCGUGGCCUGUCGCGUCCUGAAGAAGGGCACAGGAGGGAUUUUGCACAUCCACCACAACGUGGAGUCUUGCCCCACGCCUCCUGUUCUGAAGGAUGAGCAGAGACUCCCAGAGGAAUCCAGCUGUGAGCAGGAGGAUGAAGAACACCGGGGCUCUGAGGAGAUGGAGAGCGGUGGGCAGAAAAUGCUGGCAGCCAGGGUCAGGCCCGAGUGGUGGAGCUGGGCUGAAGCAGCUGCUGUGCGGAUCCGGGAGCUGCUGACAGAGCUGCACAGCCAGCCAUGGCAGACCCACAUCCUGCACAUCGAGGCGGUGAAAUCCUACGCGCCCCAUGUGCAUCACAUCGUGCUGGACCUUGAGUGCCGCCCGAUGCUGCCCACAUAGCAGGCCGUGGGGCCCCGGCGUGGCUCUAGGUCUGGAUUUUAGUCAUCUGGAUGUGGUUUACAUCCCGUGUUCCCAGGUGGCGGCAGUACCCAGCAGCAGGCUGGGCUUCUGCCAUCCCUGUGCCGUGCCCAGGGCUGCUGUGCAAGGGGAGCUCACAGGGACAGUGUGAUGGCAGAGGAUGGGGCUGAGGGUGCCCAUAAUCCCACCCCAGCUCUGCCUGCUGACCACACAGUGCAGGGACAUCGUGCUGCCUUGGAUGUGUGCUGGCACUUUCAAUCCCAUUUUCACAUGUAAGAGCUGCAGGGCCAAAUAAACCUCAGAAUUUAUGCUGGGCUGUGUUUGGGUACAUCAGGUGCAUGCCUUGUGAGGUGUCUUUGGUUCUUGUUUGUCUUUAAUUCUGAGAACAGGUCUGUUAAGCUCCAUCUCAAUCCGUAUUUUUGUAGAAAUAAAGGUGGUUCCCCUCUCC